AUGGGUGAAUUCUGCGAGAUUGGCUCGAUCCUCUUGCCGAACAUCACAUGGCUGACGGAUGGGGUCAAUGCGUUCGGGCAGUCCUACGUGGAAAUACAUCAAUAUGUGGCCACAUUCCUAUGUAUUGUCGGUAAGGCAGAAAAAAAUCAAAAUUUAAACGCUGACUAGGCAAAAUGUAGGGCGCAAAUUUAAAUUUUGCAAUCUUCCAUGACGCGCGAAAAUUUUUUUAAUCGCGUUAUGCAGAAACAAUCGAGACUUUUAGCCCGAAAUUUCCUUAUUUUUGCGUUUUUUCACAACCGUAUGGGACAUGAUUGUCCCGAUUUUUUUCUGGCUUCGGCUUCACAAAAUUUCCCACUUCUUUAGGCACAUUAAUGAACCUGACGACAGUCGUCGUCCUCACCCGUCCGUCGAUGAUUUCCCCCGUCAAUGUCCUGCUUUGCGCUGUCGCCAUCUGUGAUAUCUUGGUGAUGACAUCAUAUCUGGUCUUCAUAGUCCACUUUCACUUAAUUGCGCCGGCGCGGUGCCAGCUGCAGGACUACAGCUACGGUUGGGGGAUAUUCACCAUGAUCCAUGCCCAUGUCUCGGUGAUUUGUCAUGCCACGUCGAUAUGGUUGACGGUAGGUAUUUAUCAAAUAGUUUUAAACUGUCCUGCUCUCCAAUUGAACCUUAAUUUGCACAAAAAAUUAUUUCUAACUGAUCAAAAAUUACUCUUUUUUGUAAUUUCCCCAGCCAUAAAUUAUGUAUAAUAUAAUUUAAACCCAAAAAUUAAGUUUUUCGGGGCCAAUAAUUAAAAAUAUGUUUAAUUUCAUCCGAUUCACAAUUUACAGUACUAUCAGUCUUUCACAAAAAUACCAACGAUCAGAAACUCGAUGACUCAAUAAGCUCCGCCUAAUUUUUUCAAACUCCCUAAAUAAUUGCAAAAAACGGUAGUUGCCAUUUUUUGGAAUUACUGUCUAAUUGCCUCACCACCUAAAAACGACUUUUUAAACAGUCAUUGCAAAUGUUCGUACACUCAAUAUCUAAUGUCAUGGAUAAUAUAAUUUGCGAAAAUUUGAUAAGAUGACCACGCAAAAAUUGGAAAUUAGAGAAGCUUGUGACCUUUUGUGGCUGUUUUGAUGAUUUUUUACUCUUAUGUACAUAUGUAUAUAAAAAACUCAGUUUUCCUAACGUAAGCUCCGCCCACAUUUGGUUACAAAUCCGAUAUAUUGCAUAUUCCGUGACUUUUGAAUUAAUAACAUUAAACACACAAAAUAUAUGUCCUAGAAAUAUCGUAUUCAAAGUCUAAUGCAAAAGAUCAGCACCGUAAUACACAUAAUUCGUAUACCACAUGUGGAAUAUGAUUUUCAGGUUUCUCUCGCUCAAAUCCGUGUUCUGACUAUUCGACGUGCUACUGCGGGUCCAACAACACAAAUCACAGAGAGGUUUAGCAUAAUCUUGGCCAUCGUCACACUUAUUAUCAUGGCUGCCGUGAAUCUGCCGAAUUUUAUGACAUUUGAGGUAAGAAUUUGUUGCGAAUUCGAAGAAAAGAGGGAACGCUGAAUCCUAAAAUUAUUUACAAGACUAAUAAAAUACGGUCUUUCCUUUCAGAUCGACGAGAUUCCCGCCGAAUAUUUCAUGUCCUGUCUGGUUCCCGAGGGAAUUUCCAUCGAAGAAGCGAUCGCCAAUUCAACCCGGAUGGUCUAUACCCUCAGGGCACACGAAAAAGACUGUAUGAAACUGAAGGCAAGUCAAAAAAGUGUUAAGAUUGGCUAAACGAAGCCUUUUUCAGAUGGCUUUCUGGUCGAAUGGGAUGAUCUUCAAAGUUGUGCCAUGUCUUCUCCUGACCGUGUCAAUUGUUGCUCUCCUCAAAAUCAUCGCCGACGUGUCGAAUAAACGCAAGAAUCUGGCACAGGUGAUGAAGAAAAAGGUCCCCAAAGACCAUACGACGCCGAUGCUGGUCGCGGUGCUGAGCAUCUUCUUGAUCGCCGAAUUGCCUCAGGGUGUUAUGCUUGUAAUGACGGGUAUCUUCUCAAGCGACACUUUCAAAAAAACAGUAAGUCAUGCAGAUGGUAGAAAAUGAAUUUCUUUGACGAAAGUUAAUUUUAAAAUGGAAAAAAUUGAAGGUAUGAUUUUUUAGCUGCCAAAAAACGAGUUUUUUUUAAUUAGAACUGAUUUUUUAACGAUUUUUAUUUUGGUUUUUUUUUGAAAUUUUAAUUUUUGCCUAUUUUUAAAAAAUGUGAUUUUUAAAAACUUUCCCUUAAAAAUCACCAAUUUUUUUAGAUUUAUCAGCCUCUGGGCGAUUUCAUGGACUUUUUAUCACUUCUCAACUCUGCCAUUGGCUUCUUCAUCUACGUGGGAAUGUCGCGGAAGUUCCGUUCGGUCUUCUUCCAACUCUUCUUCUCGCUUAUUCAUUGCACUCCGUAUAGGUAAGUUAAAAUAAUAAUUAUAUUUUUUGGCCUUAGAAUGACGUCAUUUACUCUAUCGGCUUGCAGAAAUUUUGGCAGAGAACCCUUGAUUUAUAUUUUUCGGUCUUUGAAUUUUUUGAUUUUUUUGGCGAAAAAUGCCCGGAGGACAUAUUACAAAAUAAAUUUAGCGUCAUUUUCUCCUUUUCUGGGAAAAAAAAACAAUUUCUUCUCUGUUUACCCUUAGGGCAUUUUUCAUAUUUUUGCCCUAAAAUGGCUGCAAAAUACUCGUUUUUUGUCUAAAUUGGUUAAAAAAAUGUCAUUUAUUUUUUUACCGAAAUUUUUAAUUUUUCCGCCAAAAAAUCGCUAAUUUUUUUCAUGACUUAUUUUUCGACAUUUUUUCGCCAAACGCAGCUAAUUUUUUCGCCAAAAAUCAUCAAAAAAAAAUCAAGGGUUCCAUUUCUUUUUCUCCCCUCCGUCGAUUUGCUUGUGGCACACGUCCACCGCCGUCCAUUUACGAUUGUUUUUGGUCCCCUUUUCCCUACUGUAACAUCUCCAAAACCUUCCCUUUGGCUUGAUUGGUCCGUGUCCUCCUAUAAUAUGAUCCGAUCCCCGUCCUUUUUUUGUUCGCACUCUUAUGUUAGCCGUUCGAUUUAGUUGUUGUGUGUUUUUAGUUGAUUUUUGUUAGGCCUAUUGUAACUCUGUGUUGACAAAGGAAUUGCACUGACAUAAUUUCAAAAAAUUUUUGAUUUUUUUGAGUUCCCGAAUGGGUUUAGCUCAGUUCGAAGCGGCUUUUAACAGAACACACAAGUUUGGUUUGGCUUGAGAAGUACUCAUGAGUUUGUCUUUUGUUCAAAUUUAGGUUGCAGCCGUCUUUUUUCGGUCUGAUUAUCUAGUAUGAUAUAAAAUACUCCGAUCAAAACAUGUCUAAAACUCUUCAAUUUUUGUUGACUGAUUGAGUAAGAGCAAUUCGGAGCGUUAUUAAUAUCUCAGAAAUGAAAGAUCAGUCCAUUUUUAGAUUUUAAUUUUCGCGCUAUUUUUGGCAUUCUGUUUCAGGCCCUAAAACUGUCGAGACUGGCCAAAGAACUAAUGCAGAGAUUUUACAGAAGUCCCAUUAAUUCUGUAGACUCCAUUUUUUAGCAAGGAAAAAAAUCAAAUUUUAACAUACCACCUACCUUUGGCAUGUUGUUUUUUGACCUAAAAAUCGUCGAGAAUAGCCAAAAACGUAAUAGGGAGAUCUUUCAGAAGGCCAAAAAUUAUAUAUGCGACCAAUUUUUGGAGUUAAAACUCAAAUUUAUUUUUUCCCGCCAUUCCUGGCAUUCUGUUCUACAGUCACUAUUUAUCGAAAAGUACCGAAAAAUGUUAAAAGAAGACGUAAUAUAACUCCUAGAAACAUCCAGCUUUGAUUUCAUAAUUUUUCAACCAAAAAAUUUUGUGAUUAAAUUUUUAUUAUCCAUUAGCCCCUUCAUGGAUAAUAUAAAAUUAAUUUAGUGUCUUUCCUAUUCCCUGAUCUCCAACUAUAACUAUUUACUACCAGGUUAUGGUCCGGCUAACCCGAAUUCGGUGUCUAAUUCGAUUUUGAGUUUAUAUUACUAACCAAGACAAGACUUGUUGACCAAUCAAGCCAAAUCAAUUUUAGACGUUCCAAAUGAUUUCGUAAUCAUUUUAGACCCUCUUGCGAGAAAUUUUGAACUGAUUGUGAGUCAAGAAAGUGUAUAGUAAAAGCCUUGUAGAGUUUUUUACGACUCUUUUUUCUGUGAAUUUUUGAAAAAAUUGAUUUUUUUUACGGAAAAGGGGAUCUUUAAGGGGUAGCAAAUCAAUUUUUUUGAUUUUGCCAAUAAAAAAUCGGGGUUCCUACCAAAAUUCGUACCCAGAAAAAAUCCUAGUCCCUCUCCCCAUAGAGUCGGUGCGAUUCUAAUGUCAAAUUUUAGCACUGAUGACGAGGAAGCGGAGCCGGAAUUGUCGGACACACUAAAACUUUUGGAUCAACAACAAUCCGAGCAACUGCUCGGGCAACGAAAGCGUCGCUAUUGGGCGGACAUGCCGUGGCGCACCCGCCUCUACCACAUUUGUAUGGCCUGUUUGUUGGGCUCGUGUUGUUGUCUGAGCGGGACACGGACCUACAAGAACGCGCGGCGUCGGAAUCAGUCGAUGAGUGUGAUCCACUCGAGUGUGCGGCGGAAGCGGCGAAAAUCGCAACGAAAUGCGUCGCCGCAGCGACGAAUCCCCGCCAUUGUGGUAGAAAAUAUGCAGUCCUCGACGAUGAUCACGCAACAUACGGCGAUUACCGAGGAGCUUUCGAAAAACCGCCGCGCCUCGACCCUCUUCGGCGCGAUUAAUACGGGCGCCGCGCCCGGUCUAGCAUCGGCUUUAAAGGUGGCGCCAGCCGCUCUAGUGAGGGUCGAUGACGACGAAGAUUACUGUAACAAAAUUCCCAUCAAACAGAGGAAAAAGAGCAGUAAGAAAGAGCGACAGAAACACCGAUCUUUACGGUUGCCGUCUCAACGGAAAAACGAGAAAAGAAUGAGGAAAGCCAGCGCUGUUGCAGCACUUUUAACCGCCUCCCCGACGAAAAAUCUAAGCCCAGCGAAGAUCGGAAGAGCUCCACUUCGUCCCAAGGGCCAAUCAAUUUAUCGCACACACAGCCGACCAAAUAUGGAGAAGAAUAUCUUGGAAAUGAGAAAACUGCAAAAAGAGUUGCCGGAUUCAUGUCCGGAUCCAGUUGAACAGCGCGAUGAACUGCUUGAAUACGACGAAUUUGACGAUUUUCACGAUGGUAGCGAUUUUUUUUUGAAAAAAUGCUGGAUUUUUAAAAAAUGUUUUUUGUGUAAAAAAUAGUUGUAAAUGUUGUAAACAGGUCGUGAAUACUGUAAAUGUUGUCGUUGAGUGAUUUUUUUUGUCGAAAUUCUUCGAUUUUGAAAUGUUUCCAAAGCCUCCAAGAAGAGAUCAAAAUUUUUUUCUAAAAAUCUCGAUUUAAGCCUGUCCAAACAACGGUCCGUCGGACGGGGCGCUCAUCGUGCCCGCCACCUCCGCCAUCAUCUCCCCUCGAACCGGAAAUUACGCCACACUCAGCCCAAUCGGCGACGAUCGGACGGCGAUCAGCACUGUGCCGUCGACCAGGUCCGGGUCGUUGCAGCACAAGCCCGCAAGGCCGCCGGCGAUAAGCAACAACCAUCGUUUGGGCGACUCAUUGAUCCCCAUAAAUUCCAUAAGGACGGUAGGUGGAUUUGGGGAUUUUUUUGGAAUUUUUUAGUCAUCGCACCCUGCCAAAAACCCAUGACAAAAAUUCAGACUUUUCCAAAAUUUUGCGUCAAAAAAUCGGAGCCCACGUCAAUCCAAAACAGAAGAAAAAAUUUCCCGCCCCUUUUUUGGUGAUUCGUUCAAAACGAAAUGUCACUAUCCGAUAAAACGCAUUUUCUUAUCUUUCUUCUUCCUUUUCGAGAAAAAACGAUUAUUUCGGGCGAGAAAAAGUGCCAAAAAUUUCGCGACAUUUCGUCUCUCUUUUAAAUCAAUGAAAACGAUGCGAAGUUUCGAAACGGUUCAGGAAAUGCGCUGGAUUGACGUGGAGCCAAACUAACCCAAUUUAUACUUUGUCUCUUAAGGCCGUCAUUUAUCGAUUGUAAGCAUCAAAAGUCAAAGCGGAAGCACCUUCUUCUCCGUAUUUUAUUAAACGGCCGACAACGUAGUAAGUGCAAAAACGAAUGCACCUUGUCCGAAAAAUGUCCGUCAAUCCCUGUGUGAACGCUUGACUGUCCACAACACGCGUCCAUAACCCUAAUGUUGAUUAAUGUUCCACUGAAUGUCAUCAAUUUGUUGACUAAUGUGACAUAAAUUAAUAUCGAGGUUUUAGGAGAAUGCCACUCCACCCAGCCCGCUCCGUCCGCCUUUUUCACGGAUGCGUCGGCAGCAAACGACGGGGUCUAUUUGCAUGGAGGAACGGAGUUCGACCCCGGUCGACGACCCUCACACCCCGCAACGGCGCCGCUGGUCUCACCUCCGCCUACAACAAGCUCGCGCUUCCUUGACUGGGCUUUCGGUCAUAAACAAGGGUAAGCAAAGGGUUUAUUGGGGGUUUUUUGCUCUGAUUUCCCAUCUUUAGUCCUGUUAGGGUCAAUUCAAUUCCCCCUAUUUUUCCUAAAUUUAUAUUGUAAUAGCCAUGGUCUCACCAAAAUUACGACAAUUCCCUUUCCAGGCGCUCUGAUGCUGCCCGACGGCCUGGGAUCGCUUCAUUUCUGGGCCGACACGCCAACGUGCUCUUCCUCAACUCGGCGUUCCUGCGACCCGCAUGGCGCCGCUACACCCAGCAGCACAAUCGCGAGUGGUGGGAGCAGAGAGAGCAGCACCUCCAUCUCCAACAUGUCAGCCGUCGACGCGUCGAGCAGCAGCGUCGCCGCUCCAGCGUCUACUACGGACUGAGUGCGGACGAGUACGGAGGCCCAUCGACCGGCAUAUCGCAGUGCCCAAGUUCGUUCGGGACGGAUCCCUCGCUCUCGAGUUUCGAUUACGAAUGGCUGGCAAGGAGAAGAUCGAGCAGAUUGAGUGCUAUUCGAGGCGGAAUCGAGAAGGAUCUAGUGAGUUGUACUUAAAAUUACGCUAGAUUAUUAAUAUUCCAACCUUUGGCGGACUUCUCGGAAUUAAAUUUUUGAAUUUCAAAUUUCCCGCCAAAAUUGGCAUUAUGUUCUAAUGUCCACCAAAGGUGACAAAAUUGACGACCGAGGAAGACAGUAGCUUUAAUUGAGUUUAAAAGCUUCAUUCUACCAUCAAACCGGCCAUUUGCACCUUAUCGACACUAGUUUAUAUUACCCAUUACAUGUGAUAUAAAAGUGCCCAAAAUUGUAUCAAAUUUUACAUUGGUUUCAUUACAUUUUGUAAGAUGAUAUAAAUUUCAGCCCUCCACUUUACACGUAUCCAACCAGAUGACUGCCCGGAGAUCAGUUCAGUCCGCCAGUCCCAAUUUCCUCUCCGUCCCCUCCUGGGGAACCCAUCCCGACUCCAAAAGAGGUUCACUUUUAUCAGCAACUGAUGCCACAUCCUUUACCCAGUGCUCUCAAGCCAUUCUCCUUCCAAUUCCAUUGCCACAAAUCCGCAGAGAACAGAACAAUUCAUAUCGAAGGCCUACGAUAAGAUCGGUAAUUUCUCGAAUUCGCAAGGCUUUGCGAUUCGAAAAUUUUGUCGGAUUGCUGAAUCCAGUAUCAGCAAGCGAAUUGGACAUCAGCCCGAGAAGAAGGCUGGGCCAGCUGCAGGCCGAGACCAAUUAUUCGGGAUUUGUCUAUUGA